ACAAGAGUGUUGUUUUGUUGAGCCCAGACAAGUUUAUGUGUGGAUAUGACUUGUUUCGUCUCUUUCUUCCACUGGUGACUCCAAAACUCACAUUGCUCCGGCCAAGCCAAAUCGGAAAAUGGGUGUCGACUAUUAUAAACUUCUUCAGGUAGAUCGCAAUGCCAGCGAUGACGAUCUCAAGAAAGCUUAUCGCAGGCUUGCUAUGAAGUGGCACCCCGAUAAGAACCCUAACAACAAAAAAGAUGCUGAAGCCAAAUUCAAGCAAAUCUCAGAAGCCUAUGAUGUUUUGAGUGAUCCGCAAAAGAGGGCAGUGUAUGAUCAGUAUGGUGAGGAGGGAUUGAAAGGGCAGAUGCCACCCCCGGGUGCCGCCGGUGGAUUUCCUGGUGGCAGUGAUGGCGGGCCGACGAUGUUCCGGUUCAACCCAAGAAGUGCAGAUGAUAUAUUUUCAGAGUUCUUUGGGUUUUCAAGUCCCUUUGGGAUGGGGGACAUGGGUGGCCGGGCCGGCGCAUCGGGCUUUCCCAGAUUUGGGGAUGACAUUUUUGCUUUUGGUAGGAGUGGUGCUGGAGAAGGCUCUGCCAAUGUGCCAAGGAAAAGUGCACCAAUUGAGAGAACAUUGCAGUGCAGUUUGGAGGAUUUGUACAAAGGGACUACCAAAAAAAUGAAGAUUUCCAGGGAUGUGAUUGAUGCCAGUGGGAGGCCUACCACUGUAGAGGAAAUUCUAACCAUUGAGAUCAAGCCUGGCUGGAAGAAAGGAACAAAAAUAACUUUUCCAGAGAAGGGUAAUGAACAAAGAGGAGUCAUACCAGCUGACCUCGUUUUUAUUAUUGAUGAGAAACCUCAUGGUGUGUUCAAAAGGGAUGGCAAUGAUCUUGUUGUCACACAGAAGAUAUCUCUUGUUGAAGCUCUGACAGGUUACACGGCGCAACUGACAACACUCGAUGGGAGGAAUCUUACUGUCUCCUCUGGCUCUGUCAUUAGUCCGACAUACGAAGAAGUUAUCAAAGGAGAGGGUAUGCCCAUUCCAAAGGAACCCUCCAAAAGAGGAAACAUGAGAGUGAAGUUCAACAUCAAGUUUCCCUCUAGACUUACAUCAGAGCAGAAAUCAGGCCUUAAACGAUUAUUGACAUCUUCAUGAACACUGGUAAUUGUGUAAGAUUGGAAUUAUUUUUAUUCUGGCUUUUCAAUUUUCAAAUGGAAAUUCUUUCCUUUUGUGAGUUGGUUUUCAGUUAGAACAGUUUAUAUUAGAAGUUUGAUAUUUGUUUGCUGUUUCA